AGAAUUCUUACGACUCGUCACAGGCAAAGGUGUCAUUUAUGCAGAUGGAGCCGAUCACAUGCGGCAACGGAGGCUCAUACAACCAGCGUUCCAAGCCACUUUCGUCCACAGCCUGACUCCGGUAUUCUCUGGUUGUGCUUAUAUACUAGCGACUCGCUGGAAAGCCCUCAUGAACGAACAUAAAGUCGAAAAGAUAGACAUGAACGUGUAUCAGUGGAUAGAGCUCCUGACCAUGGAAUCAUUAGGACGAGCCGCUUUCGGAGUGGAGUUUAACAGCAUUGCUGGAGAACAGCAUGAAUUGAUGCAAGCCUACCGGGGUAUAAUCAGCAGAGGAUAUUCCCGACCAACCAAAAUCGAAAUCGCCUUGCAAGCAUUAGCUCUUCGGCUUCCACCUUGGAUUCUCUCUCGACUCGAUUGUAUUCCCACCAAACGAAUGCGUCAAUUGAGAGCCGCGAAAUCAAUUGCGGAAGACGAUAAGACAGAGGACCGCGAUUUGCUGAGCGUCUUGGUUAGGGCCGGUGAGCCGGACGAAAGAGGCAAACUUCAACCCAUGACAGAUCAGGAGAUAUACGACCAACUUACAACCUCCGUCGUCGCCGGAUUUGAGACUGUAGGCAACACGACCAAUUAUGGAUUAUACGAACUCGCUCGUAACCCGGACAUUCAACGAAAACUCUUCGCCGAAGUCUCCCAGGUGCUCGAGCCAAUGUUCGAGGACGAAAAUCAGCCCGGGUUCGAUUAUGCGAAGUUAAACGCUAUGCCCUAUCUUAACGCAUUUGUGAAGGAGGUUUUGCGUGUUCAUUCGCCAGUCUCGUACGGGCUGUUUCAAGCCAGAGUUGAUGACGUGAUACCACUAUCAAAUCCUAUUCCCACCCCAAACGGCCCAGUGAAGCAAGUUCCCAUCAGCGCUGGUCAGAGAAUCUUCGUUGCGCUCGACGGUGCAAAUCACCAUCCCGACAUCUGGGGAACCGAUGUAGACGAAUUCAAGCCGGAGCGCUGGCUUAUCGCCGAUCCAGCGGAGAUCAGACCAGAACAACGAAUAGGAGGUCCAUACGACAACAUUGCCAGCUUCGGAGGGGGUCCCAAGACUUGCUUAGGAUGGAGAUUUGCUGUCGUGGAACUGCAGAGUUUCUUGGCGGUCCUCGUCCGGGAGUAUGAAUUCGAUCUGAUCAGUAAAGAAUAUCAGCUCUGGAAAGAUGGAUGUUUCGUUGCGCCGGCUGAGAGGGGCAAGGCGGACAUGGGUCCACGGCUACCUUUGCGCAUCACCCGGAGGUCAAACCGCUGA